AGUCCAAUGGAGAAAAAAUACCCAGUAAUUGCAGGAAGAGAAAAAGGGCCAGGACCUGGACGCUAUGGGCUACCUCCCACCAUUGGAUUUGUUGGCCAUGAUUUUACCAAGCCAACUAGCCCUGCCUAUUCUUUCCAUGGCAGGAUGAGUGACAAUAUGUAUUGUAUUGACUCAAGUCCGGGGCCUCGGUAUCAUAUUGAUGCAAAAAUCACUCGUUUUGGACGGGAUGGCACACCUGCAUACUCAAUGUUAGGCCGAAUGAAAGCAGAGAAGGAGCUAUUCCAGACACCUGGACCAGGUGCAUACAGCCCAGAGAAAGCUCCACCAUGCAACCUCCAGCGCAGACCCCCGUCCUACACAAUGAGCUCUCGAACACACUACAGGGGAAUCGAUUCAGUACCUGCGCCUAACAAGUACUGUCUCCCUCCGCUCAUGGGCCCUCAAGUCCCAAACAAACCAGCCAGUGCAAGCUAUACAAUGUCAGGUAGUUACAGCACAGGGGGGCCGUCUGUGGAUUUAGCCAAGACGCCAGGGCCUUGCAGGUACAACAGUACGGACCCAAGUGUUUAUCUACCCCGACAGCCAGCAUUUUCCAUGCUGGGACGACACAAUUUACCCAGAGAUGGCACCAAGAAACCCGGGCCUGGAACUUAUAAUCCAGAGAAAGUGACUGUUCACAAGGCUCGGGCACCAGCCUACUCCUUGGGCAUCAGACACUCAGAAUUUGUUACUCCACUAGUUGUCAAUGUUUCUGACUGAACGUCACCCAGUCCAAAAAAUGACGAGAAAAAUAAUUCUG